CAUUCACUAGAGCAGGGGUGUUACUACCGCACGUGGAUCCGGAAACGCUGAUCAGACCUCGUCAAUCGUGGUGUUUCCUGAACGCAGACGGGUGGCAUGUGAUGCAGAGCAGCACAGGAAACCUAAACGUCGUCUCUCGCUUUUGUUGCUUACAAGUGGAUGAAGCGUGUUUUUAAAAUUAUUUUAGAUCUGUUUGCUGUUUUUAUUUUAACCAAAUUAAGUUUGGAUAUCAGGAGAACAGGAGAGAAGCAACGUAAUGUUCCAGGGCUGCACGCCGCUGGCAUCAUCUCAGCUCUUCAAGGAGUUCAUGGGAAACAACGCUGACGGAAGGAGCUGAUGGGAAAGGACAGCAGAGGAGCUUUUUCCAGGAGUCAUGCAUGUGGAGUCAGGAGUGAUGACAGCCCAGUCUGAAGCUGAGUGAACCUGCUUUUCAGCUGCUUGAGCUGAGCACACGUGAAGAACCUUCUAUUUGUGGAAUCUGGUGGAUGUUUGGGGAGGCACCAGAAGUGAGGAGGCUCAGCAGCUGGCAGGCUGCAGCUAUGGACGUUGAGAGGUUUCCUCCGUCCUCAUCCGUGACCUCACCACUUGUUUCACCAUGCCAGACGACCCCGCCGCCUCCGUCCUCUAUAUUGUCCUGGAGCUGUUGAUAGCCGUGUUCUCUGUGCUGGGCAAUGUAUUGGUCUGCUGGGCUGUUUGCCUCAACAGUAAUCUGCAGAGCAUCACCAACUUCUUUGUGGUGUCGCUGGCUGUGGCGGACAUUGCCGUGGGCGUCUUAGCCAUUCCCUUUGCCAUCGUCAUCAGCACCGGCUUCUGCUCCAACUUCUAUGGCUGCCUAUUUAUUGCAUGCUUUGUGCUGGUUCUCACACAGAGCUCCAUCUUCAGCUUGCUGGCCAUUGCUAUAGACCGCUACAUCGCAAUCAAGAUACCACUGAGGUAUAACAGUUUGGUGACAGGCCAGCGAGCUCGAGGCAUCAUUGCCAUCUGCUGGGCUCUUUCCAUCAUCAUCGGUCUGACCCCCAUGAUGGGCUGGCACAAAAUGUCAAAAAGCAUUGAGAACACCAACAACACCUGCCCGCCCGGCCUGAUGAAGUGCCUGUUUGAAGCUGUGGUGGACAUGAAGUAUAUGGUGUACUUCAACUUUUUUGCCUGUGUUUUAAUCCCUCUACUAAUGAUGCUGGCCAUCUACCUGUGCAUCUUCAUGGCAGCACGCCAUCAGCUGAAGCUGAUUGAAGUGAAAGCAGUUCAUGGAGAGAAAUCACGCUCCACUUUGCAAAAAGAAGUCCAGGCUGCAAAGUCUCUGGCCAUCAUUGUUGGCCUGUUUGUCGUCUGCUGGCUGCCUCUACACAUCAUCAACUGCUUCACCCUCUUCUGUCCUCAGUGCCCUCGUCCUCCCCUCUGGAUUAUGUACGUAGCCAUCAUCCUCUCUCACGCUAACUCUGUGGUCAACCCCUUCAUUUACGCAUACCGCAUCCGGGAAUUUCGGCAAACCUUCCGUAAGAUUAUCCGGCGGCACAUUUUGGGCCAGCAACACACAUUAGAGAGCAGCAGUAGUGAGCGUAACUCUGUUCACAGCAGCAUCAGAGACUCCAUCAGACUCAAGGCAAAUGGACUCAGCAUUGACCUUUUCACUGAGCAAAACACCUGCAGCAGCAGCAGCAGCAGUAAACACUCCUACUGCUGCCCUACUCACAUCUCUCCUGUCGGGGGUGGUCUGAUGGUGGUAUCUCACACCCCUUUGUCAGUUGUCAUCUCCCACUGUCCCCACAUUGGGCUGUGAACACUGCAAGCCCUAAAACAGACUGAAAUCCCACAGGCCCAUCAUUUACGGUGUGAAGAGCAAGAGCUGGACUGUGCUGGAGCAGAGAGCCUUGAAGAAAAGUGCAAAGAGAACCUCAACUCAGCCCAGGUCUCAGCUCUGCUCAACAAGCCCAACAGAAAGAGCAGUUUUUGUGAACUGGAGAGGGCGUCCUGACACGUGCAGGAUGGAUCACUGUAAUGCAGAAGCUCUGCAGUCAACUUGCAGCUCAGGAUUGGGUUUUGAGAAAAAACAUGGAGCUAUGACAUAAUUAACAUCUACUUACCAUAAAAAAAAGACAAAAACUAUAUGCACUAUUUAAAAACAGUAAUUGCUUUUAUUUAAGCCAAAGUGUAAAAGCACUUUUUGUGCCCAAGAGGGUUCAAACUGAUGCAUAACCACAUGUCCGAGUGUGGUUUGACUGAGCAGCACACUUCUGUCUUCACACACUGAAAAAAAGCUGGAUUAAUUUCAGCAAACACAGUCACUCUAUACGUUUGUUUUGCCUUUACAAAUAGUUAAUUAUCAAUAAAAAUGCCAAUGAAGACUGGAUGUUAAGGAUUUUUCACUCUUAAACAUUUAAGAGAGAACAAAAGCAGCAGUUUGCUUUUCAUAAUCUGUUUAAUAACAGUUUGUGCAAAUGUUGUUUUCAGUUUUUCAGAUGGGACAUAAACUCUCAGUAAUGUCACCUUUUACCACGACAAUGAAGAAGGAAGUUCAUGUGUAGUUCACAUUUUCUGGCUAAAAUGACAAGCUUUUACUUUUAUUUUGCACCUGAUUCUUUCGGUAGGCCACAUGUGUUUUCCAGUUGGACAGAAAAACUGGGACAAUGUGAAUUGGUUUGUACCAGAAACAGCUUAAUACAUUCAUGUUUUGAAAGCAAAGCCUUGGAAUUUGGUACUGAAAUACAAAAAUGUAAGCUUGUAUUUGUCUGCGCAGUAUGACAGCAAAGCUUUAUUAAAAUGCUUUUUAUUUAAGUUAAACUUGUGUAAAUGUUGAAACAAUUUGAUUGAUGGGAAAUAAUUUAAUGAGAAUUGUGAAUAAUUUGAACUAUGAAAAAUCUAAUUGACAUCUAACCACCUUGUUGUUUCUCUUGAUAAUUUGUUGCCGUGCAGCUACUGUCCUCACAAGCAGGCAGGCACAAAGUCAUGUCUGUAAAUAAAUCCUUUACAACGCAUAUCUUCAUUUUCCAGUUGUCUACAAAAUUAUCUAAAUCAUCAUUUAGUAAAGAGCAGCUCCAGAUUGAGUUUAACUUGGCAGGGACUUGGUUCAGACUGCAUCAGGUCUUUUAACUUCGUAGAACUGAGUCAGAUAUCUGUCUGGCUUGUUCUGGAAAUGGUUAGUUAAGCUGUCAAACUAUUUCUGGAGUUUUUUAUUCUCAAUGAUUUUAUCACAACUCCAAUGUGUGUUCGGGUUACUGGGCUCAGAAAAGAUCUCUUUUUCAAGCGGGUCUUCAGUUCUUAUUGAAAGAUCCAUGCCUCCUGAGU